AUGGAUACAAUUUUUAAUAAGAGUCAACAACCAAAAUCAACGCUUGUACAGAUGGUUUUUGAAGCAGUAUUCAAUCCUUACAUUACAAACGUUCUCAAACAUUAUUUAUCCCAGAAACAAGACAGAUUUUCAGAAAUGUUUUUCAAAAUUCACAAUGAAACAAACGAAAUGCUAAAAUCAAUAUGGGCAUUAGAUGGAUCUUCAUUUAAUAACCAGAACAUUACAGAAAAUACCUUCAGACCGUUCCAAUACGAAUAUGAAAGGAUUGAAAACCUCGCAGUUGCAACGGCGAUGAGUACAAGUGUUGCUCCUGUUCUUACAAAGCUCAGAGCUAUUAUCGAAAACUCAAAGAAAUGGCUCUCAAAGCGUGAUGAAGAAAAUUAUGACAUUUUUUCGGAAUUUAAUCCUCAGUUACCAAUUACUAUCCUCACUGCUGGUGCCUCUGCAUGGGAACGAUGCAUUGUCUUAUCGGAUCCAUCAAAGAAACACCAGAUUUUGAAAAAUUUAAUUGAUAUCAUUAUUCAAGGCAAUCUACGUGAUUAUUUGAUCACGUAUCUUGAUGCUUGUCGUAUCUGCAUGCAGAAAGAUAACGAUGUCUCCAUUGUUCCGAAGUUUUUCGCGAUCACAUCUGUUAUUAACAUGACAAUCCUCACGAUUGAAGCUAAAUACAACCAGAUAUUGAAGCCAGUCCUACAGCAGAAGCCUAUUGACCACGAUGCCUUCCUGAAAGAAAGAGAUUCCCUUGUAAAUUCUCUUGAAGAAGGAAUUACAAAGAAUUUGGAGAUAUGCAUCAGUACAAUCGUUGACAAAGUGAAGAAUAUUGUUUCCACGAAGACUUUCAAGCAAUCAUUCCUUCGCCAAAACGUUUUAGGAUCAAUUUCUCAACCUUGUACUGAAAUUUGUCAAAUUUUGACAGGACCAAAUUCGAUUUAUUCAGAAAGUCAAAGUUUAUCAGGAGAAAACAACAUCUCUUUCUGUUCUGUACUUUGCAAAGAGCUGAUUGACACAAUAAUCAACACUCUUCUUGAAUUGAAAUAUGAUUUUCCUGAAGGAACAAUGCAGUUAUCAAUGGAUAUUUGCGAGUACUCGAACGCAUUUGCAAAAUUCAAUUUAGAUUUCGUGAAUAGUAAGUUUGAGGACUUGGACAAAGCAGCAAAGUUAAUGUGCACUCCUGCAGACAGAAUUUCUCAAAUUAAGAAAGAUUUGAACAUGCAGCCAAAAGCAGUUGAUUUGGCAAGAAAGUUACUUCCUUUGAGAACAGACUCUAAAGAAAAUGACCUUGUUAAUGCUUUAUAA